AUGGAAACCUGCGAAUUCUUAUACAUCAGUGCUACUGAUUCAAUGCCCAAACGUGCAGUAGGCAUGAAAAGAUCAUGGGAAGAACUAAAAAAGGAGCUAGAUCGUACUGGUUCAGGUUAUCCAGGUGCCGUCUACUUUAAAACUAUAAGUGCUCAAGGACCACAAUUAUUUGCUGUAGUCAACAAUGAUUCAGUUUUCUAUAAUGAUCAGGGGAAAUGGCAUCGAUAUAUAACGGCAUGCAAUAUUCAAUUCGGGCGAAUGGAAUUCAACAGUUCAAAUCCAGAUCGUUCCAAAAGCGAAGAUACAAUCAGCCAAUUAGAAACAAAUGAACCAGACUGGGUUUUUAUAUCUCACAAUGGACAAGAGUAA